UAUCGUAAAGCGCCUAGGUCUGCGCGGCCGCCGCGAGACGUUACGCAUGAGCGGCGCUUGGAGUGAUAAUGUAUUAGUUUGUGAUUCUACUAUUGUAAAUGUAAGCCUUAUUAGUAGUGAUAAUAAGACUCAUAAUGUCAAAGUUCGUUGUGUAAAUGAAUUUAAUGUACCCCACCAAAAGUUGUCAAUUCUAGAUUGUAGUAAAUAUCCACAUUUGUUUGAUCUUAAAGAUAAAUUAUGUUGUUCCGAUUCAAAACCUGAAAUACUUAUUGGUCAAGAUAAUUACCAUUUGUUGUUACCUAUUAAAAUAAAGUUAGGGAAAUUAAAUGAGCCGUCAGCAACACUCACACCCCUAGGUUGGUGCGUGCAUGGAACAGUGCGCGUGCCGCAGGCCUCCCGUCCCGCCCGGGGCAGUACGGGCUCCCGCGGUGACGAGACCAUCUGUGCCGUGGACUGCGAGGGGGUAAGUGCUUCUGCUUCUUCUCAGGAGGAAAUCUUGCUACGCGAGAUUCAGGAGGAAGUUCGUCGGUCAUUUGCUGUUGAUGCUUUAGGUGUCUGCAGCAAACCACGCCAGAACUUGGAUGAAGUUCGAGCCAUCGCUCAGUUGGAGCGAUCUGCUGAGCUGGUUGAUGGGCGCUGGGUAAUUGGGCUCCCCUGGAAGGACGAAUCUCGUAUCAUGCCAGACUCACAUCCUAAUGCGUUAAAGAGACUUAAAGGUAUCGAAAGGAAAAUGAACAAGGAUUCCGGUUUCGCUGGAAGGUAUCGGGAACGUGUGGAUUAUUUAUUUAUUAACAAUUUUGCCAGGGAACUAAGGGAAAUAGGGGAAUCUUCACCAACGUGCAUUUGGUAUUUGUCUCAUUUUGGUGUAGAUAACCCAAAUAAGGAAAAGCUUCGGCUGGUCUUUGACGCUGCAGAUAAAAUAAAUGGUAAGUGUUUAAAUGAUUAUUUGCUCACGGGGCCAGAUCUGCUAUCAUCUCUGUAUGGAAUCAUGCUGCGCUUUAGGGAGAAUAAGAUUGCAGUUACAGGUGAUAUCAAGGACAUGUUUUUAAGGAUCAAAAUCCGUGAAGAAGACCAGCACGCGCUAAGAUUUCUGUGGAGAAAUAGCCCCACAGAAGAAGUUAAAACGUACGUAAUGACUUCGCUUAUUUUUGGAGCCAACUGCUCACCGUUUGUCGCUCAAUUUAUAAAAAAUAAGAAUGCGAUGCGUUAUGAGUCAUCGCAGCCGGCAGCUGUCAACGCGGUACUACAUUCGCACUAUAUGGAUGACUAUAUUGAUAGUUUACCCGAUGAAGCGAGCGCGAUCCGAAUUGUAAAAGAAAUAAGCGACAUACACAGAGCAGGUGGGUUCGAGAUGAGAAACUGGACCAGUAACAGCGUCGAGGUAUUAAACAGCUUACCUGAAGAUACAUUAGGUACUACUGCAGUGAGUUUUAAGGUAGGCCAACAAUAUGAAGGCGACAGGACGCUAGGGUUACUCUGGUAUCCUGCUGAAGAUAAUUUGGGUUUCGACGUGUCCUUUAAGAAAAUACCUGCUGACAUAAUUAAGGGUAAUAAACGACCCACAAAACGUGUAAUGUUAAAGGUAAUUAUGUCUAUUUUCGAUGUCCUGGGAUUUUUAUCUCCAUUUACAGUCCAAGGAAAAAUUAUGUUGCAAGACACAUGGCAACUAAAUAUAGGAUGGGAUGAUUUUGUUCCAGAUAUUAUUUUCCAUAAAUGGCAAAAAUGGAUUGACCUACUUACGGAGAUAAAUAAGGUGCGUAUACCUAGGUGUUAUCAUCACUCGAGCGGUCGCGCGCAAGAAAAGGACGGCGCAUCAGAACCUGUCCGUGCGAGCGAGACAGACAAGCACCGUCAGGUAACUACUGCGUGCCCCCACUCGUCCUUAUCGAGUGCUACGGCGGUGCCUACGCAGAUAGCUGUGAACAGCUACGAAUUCGUAGCGGAACCUACCAGUGCUACGAAAUGCGCGAUAUGUUUUGGCAACGGUGGGUCAAGGAAAUUCUACCUAGCCUGCUACCAAGAAGGAAAUGGCAGGAAGAACAGAAGCCGUUGCAGGUUGGGGACCUGGUUCUAGUUGUGGACCCUAAUUCUACUCGAAAUACGUGGCCGAAGGGUCUUAUCACCCGCGUAUUCCCCGGUAAGGAUGGUCGGGUCAGAAUGGUGGAAGUCAGGACUGGGUCUGGAACGUGGCGGCGGUCUGCGGCACGCGUCGCUCCCAUCGCUUUGGUUGAUGAGUGCUGUGACAGCACUGGGGUGGGGAGUGUUGGCGACGCGAUUUAAUAUUAUAAUAUUUUAGCUUUAAUUUUAGUCAUUUGAUAGUAGAUUGUAUAAACGUAGCACUAGCAACAUUUUAUAUUUUGAGUGGAAGGUAACUGCUCCUUUGUUAAAAAAGGCCAGCCAUCUUGGAUAAAAUUUUGUGCUGUCAGUCGGUCCGCAGAAGCCUUCCAGAGCGAACGCACGCCCCUUUCUGUUUUUAUGUCUCGCUACCUACCGUGUACCUUGUAAAGUACUGCAAUAAAUCGACAUUCUGUUACCCAU